UGGUGUAUUUUUGUGUCGCAGACCAUUUAACGAAAGGAGACAUUUUUCUGGUAGGGGCACAAAAAUGAAAAAAAGGUUCCUUUAAAGUAGAAGAAAAAAUAGGAUGCUAAGUGUAACGGAAUAUAUUUAAAUUACAGCAAUUGCAGUCAUCGGUAAGAACUUGAGAUUAUUUGUUAAGGAACGGUCAUAUCAAUAAGGAUUAGGAUCAAAGUCAUUACGCUUCGUAUACGUUAUCAACAUCUCUUAGUACAAAUAAGUGUGUGGUUAUAGCAAAUAAGCACGAUCCAUAUACUUCUUUUAUAGUUGAAACGAGACGAAACAGGACAGAUAGAUCAGAACUACCGUCGACAACAACGAUACCAACAACAUACAGAUAGCAAGAUGAUCACUAUAGACUUAUUGAAUCAUAAGUCUCAUAGCGAUAUUCCAUCGGAAGUAUCGAUUAACUUGAAUGAAGCUAUCAAAUUCAUCUUCAAAGCUAAGAAAGCAACUGUGUUAACAGGAGCAGGGAUAUCCUGUAAUGCCGGGAUACCUGAUUUUAGAUCUUCUGAUGGGUUAUAUAACCUUGUUAAAUCAAAAUAUCCUAAGAAUAUAGUAAGAGGUCAAGAUUUAUUUGAUAUUUCAUUGUUUAGGGAUGAGUUAUCCUUAUCAUUAUUCUGUACAUUUAUGGAAUCAUUAUAUCAAUCAAGUUUAAAAGCAGAAGCUACUGAAACUCAUAAAUUUAUUAAACUUUUAAAGGAAAAGAAUAAACUUUUAAGAUGUUAUACUCAAAACAUUGAUUCAUUAGAAAAAUCAAUUGAUUUAAAUAUGGGAAUUAACUUGAAUGAAUUCAAUGAUUCAAAGACUUUCAAUCAAAGUUGGAAGAACUUGGAUGUGAUUCAAUUACAUGGUAAUUUACAUAAAUUAUCUUGUACUAAUUGUUUUACUAAUUUCGAUUGGAAUGAAAAAUAUAGACAUCAAUUAGCUAAUGGUUUAAAUCCAGAAUGUGCUGAAUGUUAUAGAAAAUAUGAAGAAAGAUUAUAUUCUGGUAAACGUUUAACUGGUAAUAUUGGUAUUUUAAGACCAGAUAUAGUAUUAUAUGGUGAGCAUCACCCACAAGCUGAUAUCUUAGCUCAAGGUUUAAAUGUUGAUUUAAGAGCUAGACCCGAUUUAUUAAUCGUAAUGGGAACUUCAUUAAAAGUUGAUGGAGUUAAGAAAUUAGUUAAAUCAUUAAGUGCAUCUAUUCAUAGUAAAGGAGGUAAAGUAAUAUUUGUUAAUAAAACUCCAUUAUCAAAACAAUGGGAUUCUUAUAUUGAUUAUGAAAUCUUAAGUGAUUGUGAUAAUUUUGUUAAGAUACUAAAGAAAGAAAUACCCGAUUUAUUCUUAACUCAAGAACAAUUAGAUUCUAAGAAAUUAAAGAAUUCUAUUAAAGAAUCAUUACCAGUAAUAAAGAAAGAAAAACCAAUUAAAAAAGAAUCAUCAUCUACAUCAAAUAAAAUCAUAAAACAAGAAAAGAAAGUUACAAAAAUUAAACAAGAGAUCAAAAAGGAAAAUAUUGAAUCAGCAUUAUCAUCUUCAUCUGAAUCAGACUUGGAUGAAGCUUUAACACCUCCCAUAACACCUACAAAGAUAAAGAAAAGGCCUGCUCUUAAGCGUAAAACUUCUAAUGUUGACAAUAUGGCAAAUAAGAAACUUAAAUAUGAAUUACCAACUCCAUUAUCAAGUUUUAAUGACGAUAUAAUAGAAAUUGCUUCAGAAGACUUUAACUCUACUGGAUUAAGAACCCUUACUCGAUCAGAAAUGAAUCAACAUUAUAAUUCAACUCGCCUAAAGCAAGAAGUCGCAUGAACAAGUGUCUAAUGAUUUUACGAUUUUUCAAUAAUUUUACUCUUUAAUUCAUCAAUUUGCAUAAAUUCAAAAUAUAUUGCUCAUUUUUUAAACCAUAUAGAUAUUUACUUCAUAUCUGUUACGAUCUUUUUAAUUGUAUAUUAGCUUCAUUUAAUAAAAUAUUUUGCAUAGUUAAAUA